AUGAUAAAAAACGAAAUGAAUGAGAAUGGCGGCGUCGACGCCAAUGUGUCACCGACCAAACUCAUGGUCAAUUAUAUUCCGGAGCUGAUGACACGUGAUAUGAUGUAUGCUCUCUUCUCGGCGAUGGGAAAGAUCGAGAGUUGUAAGCUUAUAGCCAACAGAGGGUACGGCUUCGUCGAGUAUGAGAAGCACGAGGAUGCCGAGAAGGCGCGCGCUGCUUUUAACGGCCUCUUAAUGCAGGGGAAGACUCUUAAAGUCUCAUUCGCGCUCCUCAAUCCCGAAAACAAAGUAAGCCAUAAGCCGGAUACAGAAUCGAAUCUCUACAUCAGUAACCUACCUCCAGACAUGACUUUGGAGCGGCUCAACAAUCUUUUUAAUCAAUUCGGUAAUAUUACUAAUAGUCGCGUCUCGCAAGGGAUCGGUUUCGUGUGCUAUGAAGCCAGAGAGCAAGCAGAGGAUGCUAUCCACAACCUGAAUGGUCAGACACCCAUUCCUGGUGCGGGACCGAUUGUAGUCAAAUUUGCAAAUAAACCCAAUGCUAACAAAACUGUAAUGAGGCCCAUUCAGAGAAUUGGCAUGUCAGCUGCACCCAUCGCAUAUAACGGUGCGACGGCUGUCUUUAACGGCACUACUCCAGCAUUUAAUGGUACUAACUUAAGCGCAGCAUUUGGAUCACGACCAGCCGCAUUUGCACCUGGCUUUCCCCAGGCUUCACCUCCUCCAUUAUUACCGUCACCUGGAAAAGCUCUACCUUUUAUAAAUAAAGGCCAACAGCGCUUUAAUCCAAUGGCUGCAACCAAUCACACACCAAUACCAUUAUUGGGAGCUCCGGCAAGUCCUGUCCCUCUCCUAGGUACAGCUGCAGUUCCACACCAAACAACAGUGUAUGUCUACAACAUUGGCGAAGACACAGAAGAGCUAGCACUGUGGCAGCUCUUUGGCCCAUAUGGUGCAAUAGAUUCAAUAAAAGUGAUCAAGGAUCCAGAGACAAAGAAAAACAAAGGUUUUGCAUUUGUCAACAUGCGUGAGUAUGAUGAAGCUGCUAUGGCUAUCCAGGCCCUGAAUGGAUACACGCUCAAUGGACAGGUUCUUUCUGUUAGCUUUAAGACGCAAAAGAGAAAUAAUAUUUAG